AUGCCCGGUGAUCACCCGCCCGAUCAUGAGGUGACGAGCCUGGCCAUACACGCCGAGCUCGCCGCUAUUGGUCUCGCCAGCAACAUUCUCCAGUUCACCGAAGUCGGCAUCAAACUCUUCUUGGCGGCCCGAGAAAAGUACCAGUCUGUUUCCGGUCGCGGUGAAGAAGAUGAAGACAUUGUUACAGACAUGGGACGUCUUAGGACCCUAGCCAAUACCAUUCGGGAAGAUUCAAAGCCUCAUGUGAAGGAAACUGACGCUGAAAUCUAUAGGAUUGCCUUGUCGUGCAGUCGUGAGGCAUCUUCUCUCAUUGAGACUCUGGAUCGCCUUGGCGUGGGCAACGGCAAGCAUCAUGGCUGGGAGAGCUUUCGGAAAGCUCUAAAGCAACUAUCGAAGAGUUCGGAAAGUGAGAAGAAAGAGAAUAGGCUCAGAAAGCUACAGGGAGAUAUCACCCUGCAUCUGGUAACCGCUUCAAAACUUGUCGCUCAGCUUGAGAAGUUGGCAACGGAAGUUCCCCACGUCAAGAGACAACAGACAAUACUUCAGAGCCUCUACUUCGACAAGAUCAAGGACCGUCAAACUGAAAUCAAGGACCACCACAAGAACACGUUCGAAUGGAUUCUGGCGUCUGAGGACACACCAUUUUCCCAGUGGCUUAUGGAUGACACCGACCUCUUUUGGAUCAAGGGGAAGCCGGGUAGUGGCAAGUCAACACUGAUGAAGUUCUUGGCCACACAUGACAACACUAAGAAGAGACUCCAAUCAUGGGGCGGCAAAGACACAGUGGUCAUCGCAGGCCAUUUCUUCUGGAUUGCUGGUACCCCAAUGCAGAAAGAUCUACUAGGCCUUUGGCGGACACUCCUGUGUCAAGUCCUGAAAGAGUGUCCCGCACUUAUCGAAACGGUUUGCGCCUCCCGCUGGGCCGAAGUGGACGGGCCCUCAGUCUCUGAGCCGUGGCAUAAGGAUGACUUGUACAAGGCCAUGGAGACUCUUUCCUCUCAAAGGUCCCUUGAUGUCAAGUUUUGCUUCUUUGUGGACGGCUUGGACGAGUAUACCGGAGGAGAGAAGGAACGCAGUGGCGGUUUUCAGCAGCUGAUCAACCCGCUGAAAACGCUAGCUUCAUCCCGAUCGAUCAAGAUAUGCGUCUCCAGCCGGCCAUGGACUGAGUUCGAUGAGUUACUCGGCCAAGAGGAGCAAGUCAGGCUUGAGGACUUAACCCGGGAAGACAUCAGAAGAUUUGUUGAGGAUGACCUGGGUAGCAACCCUCGGUUUCAGAAACUCGCAAGCAAGUAUAAACGAUGUGAGAGCAUACCUGGUCUCAUUAUCGAGAGGGCAGAUGGGGUUUUCCUCUGGGUCUACCUUGUCAUUCGCUCCCUUUCAAGGGGUCUAGUCCACGCAGACAACUACCCAGAGCUCCGAAAGAGACUUGACGAUAUCCCUAGCGACCUCGAAAAGUAUUUCAAACAGAUGCUGAAGUCCAUCGAUCCUUUCUACAAGGACCAGACCUUGAGAAUUUUUCAAACUGUCGUCGCUGCCGAACAGUCGCUUCCUUUGUUGGGGUUCAAAUUCCUUGACCAAGAGCUUGAAGACGCUGGUUAUUCGGUCAAGAUGAAGCCGCAGCAAUGGUCUCUGGAUGAAGUGAAGGAAACCUGUCAAAGUGUGAAGGAGCGCCUUGACGGCCGAUGCCGAGACUUGCUCUACUUUCGGGAGAAGGUUGACCACAUGGGCCUCGUCUUUCGAUUUCGGGUCGACUUUCUGCACCGAACUGUUAGAGACUUUCUCCUCAACACAAACAUACUGGAUGACAUGGUUAAGGAAGCAAAGGAGGAAGCAAAGAAAAAGGGAAAGCAACGCAACUUCGACCCUCGCCUGGCCCUCUGCAACAUGAUGCUGGCUCUCACAAAACUAAGAACGAUCAAUAAUCAGGUACUUAAAGAGAGGGAUCAGCUAUUUGCUCUCACAGAUAGUCUAAUGUACUAUGCUCGGCAAAUCGAGGAAUCCGUCAUCAGACCCGAACAGACAGCCUCCGGAUCACGGACUCAGCUUUCUCAAGUAUUCGUCAUCUUGGACGAAUUGGACCGGUCAAUCUCGAAAAGACAAAAGGGCGACGAAAAGCACUGGACAAACCAAAAAAGAGAACCAAUGGAAUCUUUUCUCAGGGAUAGGGGAUCUCUUCACGAGAAUGGAGGGAAAACCUUCCUCGCGGCCGCCAUUCAAGCUGGGCUUGAGUUGUAUGUCAAAGACCGCCUCAAUCAAGGCAAGUCUCAACUGCGCAAGGACGGGCGCCCUCUCCUCGACUAUGCACUUCGCCUAAUAAUGGCUAGUCCGGUUCAAUUAUCCAACUCUGAGGAAGGCCCCAUGCUGGGUAUUCUGGAACAUCUUCUGAAACUGAAAGCAAACCCCAACUACAGAAUCAAUAUGUACGCCAGAAAGACACCCUGGGAACUAUUCUUGUAUGAAUGCUAUGGACAUGCUAGCCGUGGUUCUUUAUCGGAGAGUAUCACUGAUGAUAUUGCGAGGGCAUUGGAGCUCAUGAUCGAGAAUGGCGCAGAUGUGACUUGCACUUUCGAAGUGGACGAUGGGUAUAGAGUUGUUGGUGUGGCCGAGGUUAUCGACAAAUUGAAGUUUCGGGAGGACCAGAUUGAACGACUGGGGGAUCUAAUAAGUAGGAGGAAGGGAAGCGGCUCUUGGUUGUCACGGGUUUCUAAAUGGGCUUUUCGCAUGUAG